UUUUGUUAAAAAAAAAAAAAAGGAAGUAUUCAUUAAUUCGGAAAGACGUUUGUCAACCUUAUCGGUAUAUUGGUACUGAACUCGCUGUAGACUUGCAUCCCAUAAUUCCUGCUGAACAUUACAUAUGGCGCAUAAUGGGAAAAAAAGAAAAUAAUUAACUUGCCUAGAUUAUAAUAUUCUAAAUACAUUUACAAAGUUUUCAUUAAGAAGGCAUAAUAAAUACUGUGUAAAAAUUGCAUGUGUAAAACCAUUCAGGCUCCUACAAAUUUAUGAAUGAGCUAGCUUGAAUACAAAACUUGUCAACCAGCGCCAUCUAGUCACAAAUUUCAGGAACGGACGCUGACAUUGUUGAAUAUUGCUGCUUAAGCGUUAUUAUAACUGAACUGCAAAUGAAGUCUUGAGUUCUAACUUAUAAGACUAAUGCACAUUUACAUUUACAUUUUGUUAAAUCGUGACAUUUUGUUAGCCCAAGUUGGAAUGUUUUUUUGUUUUUUUUUUUUUUUAAACAAACUAACACUACUCAACAUAUCAUUACAUAAUUUAAUAAUUUAAUGUUAAAUGUAAUGUAAAACAAUUAUUUUCACUAUAUGAUAUAGGGUAGCUUAAAUGUUAAGAAAAAUCUAAGGCCAAACAAAGUUUUAAAGGGGAAGAAUAACAGGAAAGAAGGAUAGAAGAAGACUGUGCAGGAAAUGUUGAAAUCUGCAGUGUCAAAUAAAAGGAAACAUGGUUCAGGAUACAAUUUAUUUCAAGCUGGAGACACGUGAAGACAUUUGAUCAUUUUUGAUACUGAAUAAUAAUCACUUAACCCAGCAUGGCUUUUCUGUUGAGUAUAAUAGUGCUGCUUUUAGGAAUCCAAGGUAUCAACUCUCUAUGGACAGUAAGCAAGCUAACAGCUCAAAGUGGAGGAUCUGUCACCAUCCCCUGUCACUACCAUCGUCAGCACAAGGACUUCCCAAAGUUCUGGUGCAAAGGCAAGAACUGGCUUACCUGCUUGACAAUGCGACCUACCAGCCAAGAGAAGCAAACAGGCAUCAGCUUUGACAACAGCCCAGAUGAACUGGUAAUGACCAUGACGAUGACGAACCUACGUAGCAGUGAUACAAACCGCUACUGGUGUGCAGUGAAGAUACGAAGUUCCUAUACUAGAACAUCUCUAGAACUUACCGUCACUGAAGGUACUCCAGAUCUGUCGGUGGCCAGCAACAGGGUGUCAGGUGAAGAGGAUGGCAAUGUUACUGUACAGUGUUUCUACAGUAACAAAUUCAAAGAUACUGAGAAAAAAUGGUGCAGAAGUGGAAAUUUGCACUCCUGUCAAACGGCUCAGGAUAUAGAGCCAUCUCUUGGUGCGGCUCUACAGAUAAAUGAUACAGUUGAUGGUGUUUAUACAGUGACACUGACUGGACUGAAGAAGACAGAUGCAGGCUGGUAUUGGUGUAUGACUGGGGAAGUGCAGGUUCCUGUUCAUAUCAGUGUCGAUUCAAGGCAACUUGUUACAGAUGCCAACACAAGACCUGCUUCAUUUACAACAGCACAAUCUUUCACUUCAGCCAACUCUUCUGAUGUGUACAACCGUAAUUCAGUAGCAACAGCUGCACCCACAACAUCUACAUUUAAUCACCUCAAAUCACCUCAAAGUACUUUGAUUCAGACAGAAAAAACUGACCAAACAUCUACAGCAUCACCAAAGCAGCUUCAGUCAACAACACAGUGGUCCUCAUCCUAUCCGACCACAACGAAAAAGUCAAAAAAGGACCUGUUUCUCACUACUGCUACUGUUAGGACAACACUAACCAGUAGAUCAGCAACUCCAAAUGUUGGUAGUGAUUCUACAGUUACUCUGUCAUCUAAAGAUGUGACAUUUAAACCCACAGCCACUCAUGAAAGCAGAAAACCUAUUUGGGCAAUUGCACUAGUUUGUGGUUCACUUCUUAUGUUAAUGUUAUGUGCAAUUUCAUGGAAACUUCGGUCAUGGCAUAAGAAGGCAGUCACAAGAGAGGAAGGCGCAGAAAUAACAACAGACUGUCACGCAAAUGACAGAGCUGAUCUCCUAGGCAAUGAAUGGACAACAAAUGCUUCAGCUGUGAAAUUUAGCCCAGACUCAAACACUGUCCUAAUAACAUAAGGACAUAAAUUUUUAUUUUUUAUUUUUUUGCAGAGUUUAGUUAGUUGACCUCAAUCAACGAAUCAAUGCAUUUGGGUUUACUUGAAAAUUACAGCCAGGUGUUUUGGAGCUAAACUCUGCAGUUAAGUGACUAUCCAGAAAUGAGGCCAGAAGAUGGUGCUCUGCACGUAUGAUAAUGAACCAACAUGCAAUUGCUUUUUAACCAUCUAGAUACCAUAGCAAAAGCUAAGUUAUGUUAGGCCUGGUCUUUCAUCUCAAUUCCCCAACAAAGCUGUCAGCACCAUUAAGAAUCUGCAAUAUAAUAAUAAUUAGAAAAUGUCCAAAAAGUGCUCAGCAUAACAUGUUUGGAACAUAAAAGUGUCUGAAUUUCAUUAUUGUAUACAAAAUAUUAAACCAAGUAGCAUCUGCAAACAAACAACGCUUUUCUCAGAACUAGCAAAUCCUGUAAAUGUUUUGACUGAAAAGUGUGUUUGCUUUAUAAACUCUUAUAAAUAAAUAAAGGCUCCAAAGAGGUGUUUUUGCAGUGAUGCCAUAGAAGAACCAUUUUUGGUUCCCCAAAGAACCUUUCAGUGAUUAGUUCUUAAAUGAACCAUUUUGAAGAACAUUUUAAAAAUCGAAAGAACCUUUUCUGCAUUUGAACGGUUCCAUUAAUGUUCAAGGUUCCUCAUGGAACCAUCGAUGCCAAUAAAGAACCUUCAUUUUUAAAAGUGUAAAGACAAUGUUCUGGUCACUCCCCUGCAAUUUGAAUGUGUUACAUGGUGUGUCCUUCUUAAUCCUUUAACACUAUGAUUACUAUGAUCUUAAACCAUAAAGAACUAACCUUUAGGAAUGACGUAGAAUGAUGUGGUUGUUCUUGUUUAAGGCUCAGUUUAUACAGUAAGUAAAAUCUCAUGGGAGGCACUUGUUUUAUUAGUGAAUGCCCAAUAAAACUUCCGUAAUUGUUCCGUAAUCAAACUCCAACUUCUGCGUAAUUUCUAAAGAACUUCAACCUUCGGGUGAGUGAGUAAUUCAUGAAGGCUUGACUGUUCCAACCCUACCUGAAUUUCAGGAUUUAAGGCGUAAUUCAAAAGCACACACCAAGUAACAAAUCACAUUAAAUUUAAGGACACUUAAAAUUUGUUUAAAAAAAACAGCCCUUUGUAAGACCACAUAACUUAUCCCACAGUGUUUCAUAAAGGCGGUAUUCACCAUGUCUAAAACAGCUUGUUCUUUUACCAUACUAACCAGUUUCAUAAGAAAGCGCAGACCUCGGGCCUUCAUUUAACACUACAGUUGCUUACUGAUGGUCAGGUUUUUUAGAUGGUAAACCUGACUGUCUGGUUCUUUUAGUUUCUCCUCCCCAGGCUUCACUUCCUCCUACUUUUCCUAGUAGCUGAUGCUACGAUGCUUAGUUGGUGUUUGUGAGAAUUUGUGCGAU